AUCUUUACUAAGAAAACACUAAAUCCCGGCAGGAUACGCACACAACUAUAUUGUGCUUCCUCAGUAUUUAGGACUUCGCAAAAACGGCGCCCCAGAAGUUUUCCCGGUCCUCAUCAGCCAUGGACCUACUAAAGGCUGAAGAGAAAGAGCUGAGCGCACAUUUGCUUCAGCUUAGGGCUGGCAGUAUUGUCUCAAUCGACUCGCCAAUGUCACCAUCAUCGCCUAUUCGCUAUCCGAAUGGGUCCUCGCGACUGAGCGUCGAAUCGGAUCCCUUGGGCAAGCUCAUGCGGAAAAACAGGGCCUGGUCUGCGGCAAGACUUGCCGAGGACCCGGACUAUUUCAAUCGUCUUAUCAAGCAGCAGGCGCCGGAGUACCUUUGGAUUGGCUGCAGCGAUUCUCGAGUGCCGGCCAACGCCAUCCUGGGUCUGGAGCCGGGCGAGGUGUUUGUUCAGCGCAACGUGGGCAACCAGGCCACCCACACCGACCUCAACUGCAUGAGCUGCCUGGAGUACGCGGUGAAGGAGCUCAAGGUUCGCAACAUCAUCCUGUGCGGCCACUACGGUUGCGGGGCGGUGAAGGCGGCCAUCAAGAUGCCCUCCAAGACACACAACCUGGUCAACUGCUGGAUAUCGGACAUCCGCGAGUGCCGCAACCAGCAUCGGACCGAGCUCAUGGCCCUCCCCAACCUCGAAUCGCAGAUCGACAGGCUGUGCGAGCUCAACGUGCUGCGCCAGACCUUCAACGUGUGCACCAGCCCUGUCGUACAGUCGGCCUGGGACAAGGGACAACUGCUGCACAUUUACGGAGUGGUGUAUUCGCUCAAGGACGGGCUGAUCAAGAAGCUCGUGGGGCCCAUCUCGGGGAACGAUGAUUUCGAGGAGGACCAGGCGGCCUUUGCGGAGCGCGGCAGCUCCUACGUGGGAUACACAGAUGUCAUGGAGGCGAGUGACGCUGCAAGCAGCGGUGGAUCCAAGGGAGCCGCAGGCGGCACCUCGUCCUCCGGAGGUGGUGGCGCCGGUGCAGCCCCCCUGCCGGAGUGCAUGUCGUUCAGGGCACGCAUGGAGGCGUUUAACGCCUACCUGAAUACCGUGGAGGUCAACAACCUCAUUGCUCAGCACGUUGCUUGGACGGAUCGCGGGAUCGGCGACGCUGCCGGCCACCUCACAACGGACGGAGAAGAGGAGGAGGAGGAGGAGGUAGGAGCAGCUGCCGUAAUUGCUGCCGACGCAGCAGCAGCGGCCGCAGCAGCCGUCACCGCAGCAGCAAGAGCAGCAGCAGGUGCGGGGAAGGCGGCUGUGAUGGGUGGGACCAAGGAGGUGGAGGUGGAGGAUGACGGAGAGGAGACGACGACAGUUCAGCUGCAUUGAGGAGUAUGGCGGGAGGGACGAGACGCCCAGGCAGUCGUUGCAGCGGGGAGAGCAGGUGGCGGGUAAGGGCGGGAGGAUGAGGACGGGGACGACACAAAAGGAAGGGCCGAGAGGGGCGGAGGCAAAGGGACGCAAGCUAAAACAAAUGGUACAUGUCGGUGUGUAAAACAGACAUUGGGGGGACGGAAAAUGGGUUGGCAGUAGGAGGGAUGUUGUAGUUGCUCCCCUCCUGGAGCAUCAGGAGGGGAGCGGGCGUUGUCUUUUGAGGGGUUUAUUGGGAUAGUCGCAGCAACGGUGUGCGUGGGAAACAUGGUUGGCGACGGCGGUGGUGAUGGCGGUUGAGAGGAGCCGCGACAGUAGCGCAGCAGGGGGCGGUUGGUGUGGUAGUUUACUAUUGCAACAUGCUAGUGCUAUAACACUAUACAAAUUUGAAAGGUUGGUUGGAAGGGGGAGGAGGCUUGUGGCUCCCUGCAGAAUGCCGUGGGAUGCGGAGUUAGCUGGCUAGCUAGCUAGCUGGGUUUGCAGUACAGUACAAUUGUGAACGGGACCCUGUCAGUACGGGCUGCCGUAUGGUGGGUUGGAGAGGGGGCGGGGAUGCCGUUGGGGAUGGGAAGGAGGAACGGGGUGUCCUGGAAAGAAGAAACGCUGAGUUGGUGGGUUGCUAGCAUUCGUUGGCUUUGUAUGGGCUAGGAUGUGGCUGACUAUGGGCUUGCUUGGGCCUACUUUCAGCGUAACUUGCAUUGUUGGUUAAGGUUUUGUUUUGAAGGCGCAGGGGCGAUUGCGAUAAGAAAACGAUAAGUCAGAAGUCAAACCCCCUCAACUGAGGAUUUAGGAUUACUGUUGGGGCACUUGUUUUGCCGUACAGUACUGCAACAUACUUGUGUGUUCACCGCGUGUCGCGCGUGUUUCGUGUAGAUGUGAUUUUGCAUCAUGUUUGGCUCAUCUGUGUGUGUUGUUCACAUGGAGUGCAUCGUCGGUCCGUUUGCUUAAUCCUUGGUUGGUAGGAAUUGAUGCGUGCGGCGCAUGUCCGUGUGUUUCGUGUUUUGUACACCUCCACGCCACUUUCCAUGCUUACGUCUCGUUUGGAGGUAUGCUUGUGAGUAGUUGUAUGUGUCGCAGCUACCGUCAUAAGGCAAUCGGGGAAUAAACAUUGAAAAUACCAGGAGUCGCUAUAUACAAUACUUUUUGGUGUACUUUUUGCCGUACUCCGUUCCACGUCACAUAAUGCACGGCCGAUUGCGGCUCCUUGCGGUUUGUGAGCCACCCCGAGAUGCUGCAGGUGUGUUUUCACUGCUGCUGGCUCUGCUUCGCUGUUGCUGCUGGUGACAAAGGUCACGCCUCACAUAAAGCUUUACUCAUAAUUCUAUCAUCUUUUUCAUGUACGGACUUCGAAGGAGAGGUCAGGGAGAAGAGAAGGAAGAUUUCACGUCAAGUACCGUGUACAUAAGAUACGCGGACUUAUUUGCCGUAUUCCAUCGUUUCUUGGCGCGUAAGAGACACUCGUGUGUCGUGUCUUGUUACGUCUGUGGUAUACGUGUGUCGCGUCCUGUCGAACAUGUUUGUCUUGUCGUACAGGCGUGUUUUAAUUCAAUUAGGCUGCAGGCACGGAUUGCGUGUGGGGUUUUGUGUGUAGGAAUUAGCGCUGGUGGGCGUCUUACGUAGUCGGGAAGCGGGCAGGCUCAGGGGGCUAGCUGCUGUCCUCAGGGCCCCUCGCCUGCCUUGGUCUUGCCUCGGUUCUUUGACGACCCGUUUGUCAUAACUCGUACGGCUCUCAUUACGUAGGCAUGUAGGGCUUCAGUGGAAUGGACGCCGGGGAGCCGCUGGUCUGUUGUAUAAGACAUAAGGCUGGCUUGUCGUACGCAAUUGCUGGAUGACAAGGGAUACGUUGGCUCAACUGUUUGCCCGGCUGUUUUCUUUCAUAAGAAUUUGCACUGUGCACAGUUUACACUGUGCAUAAGAGUGAGCAUCGUGCGGAACGUACUGGUUGUCGUACUGCCGUAUGUACGGCGCCUUUAUUGGCCGAACCGGCGACAAUGGUACUGGCGGCAGAUAAAGGAAAGAAUAAGGAUAGCAACAAACGACAUAAUGUGUAAAAAGCGGGGAAUGGAUAAUGGCAAGUGGUUGUUUGGUUCUUUGGAUGGACGGGCGGGCGGAUGGUUGGGUGUUUUUGACGAAAGUGUCCUUUGUCUGUGGAAUGCCGGUAGUUGGGGAGGCGCAGAGGUUACACUCGUUGUUAAACGUUUGCAACCCCGGUGGGUGGGGGUCAGCUCCCUUGAUGCGAGGAGGUACCGCAUGCCCCCGAUAUGAGGAGGCCACCUACUUGCAUACAGGGG